AUGGUGCAGAUCCAAAGGUUGGAAAAAUCGAAGAAACAGGAUAAGGAGAAGGAGAUCUUGGAGGUUUUUCGCAAGGUUGAGAUAAAUAUCCCCCUCUUAGACGCCAUCAAACAAGUACCAAAAUAUGCCAAGUUCCUGAGGGACUUGUGUGUCAACCGAAGGCGAUUGAGGGGGGAUGAAAGGAUUAUUGUUGGGGAAAAUGUGUCCGCGGUCCUGCAGAGAAAGCUUCCCCCGAAGUGCGGGGAUCCAGGUCCAUUGAAAGAAACUGGAAUAAUUAUUCAAUUAGCUGACCGAACUAAUGCAUAUCCUGAUGGGUUGGUUGAAGAUGUGUUGGUAAAAGUUAAUGAUUUGGUGUUUCCAGCUGACUUUUAUGUACUUGAUAUGGAUGAUGAUCACUCCCCUGAUCUCUCACCUUUGUUAUUGGGUAGACCUUUUAUGAGCACAGCACAGACGAAAAUUGAUGUUAAUAAGGUGCAGGAAGUGUUUGAAACUGAUGGCAGGGAUGAGCUGGAGACCACCACGAAAAGGUAUGAAGUCUUACCUAUUUUUACUCCCGAGCCUCACCAGAGGGUAUUGCCAUCUGUGGUGCAGGCACCUGUACUGGACUUGAAACCUCUACCAGAACACCUGAAAUAUGUAUAUCUAGGUGAUAAUGAGACACUUCCGGUGAUUAUCUCAUCGGCACUGUCAAAAAUCCAGGAGGAGAAACUGAUCCGGGUCCUUAGAGAGCAUAAAGAGGCGAUAGGUUGGACAAUUGCAGACAUUAAGGGGAUCAGCCCGGCCAUCUGUAUGCAUCGGAUUAGGCUAGAAGACGAUGUCAAACCUGUUAGGCAGGCUCAAAGAAGGCUCAAUCCCCUCAUGAUGGAAGUUGUAAAGAAAGAGAUUCUAAAAUUGCUAGAUGUGGGGAUCAUCUUUGCAAUAUCUGAUAGCUCUUGGGUGAGUCCGGUCCAGGUAAUCCCAAAGAAGGCAGGAGUAACGGUAGAAGCCAACCAAACGGGUGAGCUCGUGCCAGUGCGCAAACCCACGGGAUGGAGGCAGUGUAUAGACUACCGUAGGCUAAACGCCGUCACUAAAAAGGACCAUUUCCCUCUCCCUUUCAUUGACCAAAUGGUUGAACGUUUAGCUGGUAGAGCUUAUUAUUGCUUUUUGGAUGGAUUUUCAGGAUACUUUCAGAUAGCAAUUGCCCCAGAGGAUCAAGAGAAGACAACCUUCACGUGCCCGUUCGGGACCUUUGCUUAUAGACGAAUGCCAUUUGGGUUGUGCAAUGCACCUGCAACAUUCCAGAGGUGUAUGGUAAGUAUUUUUUCUGAAUACGUGGAGAAAAUUAUUGAAGUUUUUAUGGAUGAUUUCAGUGUGUAUGGUGAUAGUUUUGAUACAUGUCUAGAUAACCUGAAAAUUGAUCCUGAUAAGGGCAUAGAAGUUGACAAGGCUAAAGUAGACAUUAUUUCUGCAUUACCUUAUCCCGCGAGUGUGCGAGAGGUGCGUUCUUUUCUUGGACAUGCAAGUUUUUAUCGAAGGUUCAUCAAGGAUUUUUCAAAAAUUGGAGCCCCAUUGUUCCAGCUCCUACAAAAGGAUGCGACAUUCGACUUCAAUGACAAAUGUGAGAAGGCUUUCGACAAGUUGAAAGAAUUGUUGACUUCACCCCCAAUUAUCCAGCCCCCUGACUGGAGUCUGCCAUUUGAGAUUAUGUGCGAUGCCAGUGAUCAUGCCGUAGGGGCUGUAUUGGGGCAAAGAGUAGGGAAGGCAGCUCACGUCAUCUAUUAUGCAUCCCAAGCAUUGAAUGGAGCCCAGUUGAAUUACUCCACCACUGAGAAGGAGCUUCUUGCAGUUAUUUUUGCUUUAGAAAAAUUCAGAUCAUAUUUGCUAGGUGCUAAAUUAAUUGUAUUUUCUGACCAUGUAGCAUUAAGGUACCUAAUGACCAAGAAAGAUGCAAAGCCGAGGCUCAUCAGGUGGAUAUUGCUCCUACAGGAAUUUGACCUGGAGAUAAGAGACAAAAAAGGUUCAGAAAAUCUAGUAGCAGACCAUUUAAGUCGCAUACCAAUUGGGGAGGAUAAUGAGCCGUUGAGGGAUGCAUUCCCUGAAGAGCAUUUAUUUUCCUUAAAUUCUCAAUUGCCUUGGUAUGCUGAUUUGGUCAAUUAUCUAGUAACGGGUGAUUUUCCUGCAGGUUGGCCAAAAUCGAAGAAGGAUAAAUUGAAGAGUGACGCCAAAUAUUUCAUCUGGGACGACCCGUACCUAUGGAAGGGAUGUGCCGACCAAAUAAUGAGGAGAUGUGUAAGUGAAUCAUGUGAUCGCUGUCAAAGGGUAGGUAAUAUAGCCCGUAGAGAUCAAAUGCCCCAAGUCCCGUUGAUUUUUGUUGAAAUUUUUGAUGUAUGGGGUAUAGAUUUCAUGGGGCCUUUUCCUACUUCAUUUGGUUUUUUAUAUAUUUUGCUGGCAGUUGAUUAUGUGUCUAAAUGGGUGGAGGCUAAGGCCACUCGAACUAAUGACUCGAAAGUAGUUGCAGAUUUUAUCAGGUCUAAUAUUUUUGUGCGAUUUGGAAUGCCUAGACCCAUUGUCAGCGAUAGGGGAACGCACUUUUGCAACAAAACCAUAGCUGCGUUGUUUCGCAAGUAUGGUGUACUCCACAGGGUCUCAACGUCAUACCACCCUCAGACCAACGGUCAAGCGGAGGUGUCGAAUCGGGAGAUUAAGUCCAUUUUAGAGAAAAUGGUGCGCCCUGAUAGGAAAGAUUGGAGCCAAAGGUUGGAGGACGCACUCUGGGCCUAUCGGACGGCGUACAAGACUCCUAUAGGGAUGUCACCGUACAUGUUGGUAUUUGAGAAGCCGUGUCACCUUCCAGUGGAGUUCGAACACAAGGCUUUUUGGGCGAUAAAACAAUGUAAUAUGAAUCUAGAAGAGGCCGGUGUUCAACGGAAGCUGGAUUUGCAAGAAUUGGAGGAGAUCCGGAACGAAGCAUACGAAAACGCCUUGAUUUAUAAGGAGAAAAGCCGGGCAUUUCAUGACCAACAAAUUUCAAGAAAAACAUUUGAAGUUGGUCAGAAGGUCCUCCUGUACCAAUCCAGGCUCAAGUUAUUCCCAGUUGAAAUCCGAAGUGCUAAGACAGACAACAAGUUUGUAGUGAAUGGACACCGUCUCAAAUAUUAUUACGAAGGAUUUUCAGGAAGAGAGGUGGAGACAAUAAGGCUAGACGCACCACCGUGUCCUAAUCAUUGA